AUGCUUAAUCAAAUACAGUACUUCUUCAGUAGUGAGGAAGACAUGGCAUUUUACCUGCACAGUGACAUAUUCCUCAGUCUUAAACACCCCAAUGAACAUGAUAGCAUUUUGUUCCAAGCAUUGGGAAACCAUGAAUUUGAUAACGGUGUGGAUGGAUUAUUGGACCCACUUCUAAAACAUGUUAAUUUUCCUAUUUUAAGUGCAAAUAUUAAAGCAAGCAAGAAUUUGGCAAAUAACAUUACAGGGCAUUUCUUUCCUUAUACAAUAUUAAAUGUUGGCUCAGAAAAAGUAGGAAUUGUUGGCUAUACCACAAAGGAGACACCUGUUCUUUCAAAUCCAGGACAGGAUUUGUUUUUUGAAGAUGAAAUCGUGGCAUUGCAGGCACAAGUGGACAAACUUACUACUUUGGGAAUAAAAAAAAUACUUGUGCUGGGUCACUCAGGUUUUGCUGUGGACAAAAGCAUUGCUCAAAAAGUGAAAAAUGUGGAUGUUGUGAUUGGGGGGCAUACAAACACAUUUCUCUAUACAGGCACUCCACCUUCAAAUGAUGUACCAGCUGGCAAAUACCCAUUCAUGGUGCAAUCUAAUCAUGGCCCUACAGUACCUGUUGUGCAAGCUUACGCUUUUGGAAAAUACCUUGGUUAUUUGAAAGUUAAAUUUGAUGAUGAAGGAAAUGUGAUCAGUGCAUCAGGAAAUCCAAUCCUACUCGACAGCAGUAUCCCUGAAGAUCCAGAGGUGAAGGCCCAAGUUGACACUAUGAGGCUUAAACUGAAUGAAUUUUCUUCCCAGGAGAUAGGGAAAACCAUUGUGUACCUGAAUGGUACAAGUGAAGCAUGCCGUCUCCAAGAAUGCAAUAUGGGAAAUAUGAUUUGUGAUGCUGUGGUUUACAAUAAUCUUAGACAUCCUGAUGAUAAUCAGUGGAAUCAUGUUUCGAUGUGCAUCACAAAUGGUGGUGGAAUACGAUCACCCAUUGACGAACGAAGCAAUAAUGGUACUAUUACUUUGGAAGAAUUGCUAGCUGUAUUGCCCUUUGGAGGCACUUUUGAUUUGCUACAAAUCAGAGGUGCUGCUCUGAAAAAAGCAUUUGAGCACAGUGUUCAUCGACAUGGGCAACGAACAGGCGAGCUGCUACAGGUUUCUGGCAUACAGGUGGAAUAUGAUCUCUCCCGAAGACCAGGAAGCAGAGUGGUCAGUCUAGAGGUUCUUUGUACAGAGUGUAGAGUACCAGUCUACGUGCCACUCCAGAGGAACAAGAAAUACAAAGUACUGCUGCCUUCUUUCCUCGCAGGGGGAGGAGAUGGAUAUUACAUGUUAAAAGGAGGCUCAAAUAACCAUAGUAGUGGUGACCUUGAUGUUGCAGUUGUUUCCAACUACAUUACUAGAAUGGGAAGGGUAUUUCCAGCAGUUGAAGGUCGUAUAAAAUUUUCUGCGGGAAUUGUAUUCCAAGGACAGUAUAGUCUUGUUUUCGGAUUAUCUGUUGUACUUCUGAGCUUCGUUCUUUAAUUUUUCACUUGCUUUUGGGAUUCCGACUGAAAUUUUUCUAUCUGCAGAAGCUGGUUAACAUUUUAACACAACCCAAGGAUUCAGCUGAUUUAAAAAUAGAGGGGCCAAUAUGUAAAUUGUAAAUAGUACUAGAGUAUCACUGAAAGAGAUGUUUUAUAGUUUAAUAUAUCUGUGGGUAUUGUAUUUGGACCAUCUUAUACUACUGUAUGUAACUGAUAAAUGUAUGCCUUUGUCUUCUAAAGUAAAUGUGUAUAAAUAUUGUAUGGAUUUUCUUCUCGAUUCUAACAGGAACAAAUUAUGAAAUGUUACCAAAGCCAAAUAUUUGUAUUAAGUGCCUUCUAAUGAAAAAAGGAAGCUACUUGUAAUUUAUUUAUUUAAAAGAUUUAUAAGCUGCUUUUCUAUCUUCUGGAACUCAAAAUGACUUACAAUGUAAAUAAAAACUAUUAUUAAAAAUU